AAGUUUGUUAUGUCAACGUUCCAGACGGCCAAUGAUUCCGGUGCCUCUUCUGACUCAUUUGUCUCGCUGUGUUCUGGAGAGGUUCCGUCCAAGCCGACUUCUGUACUCGAGCAACCCACUGAGACCAACUUCAGUGUAACCGAGAUAUCUAGCAUAUUGCCCGUGAUGAACUUCUUUGUGGAGACCUCCACUACUUUCGACCUGUCCAUAACUCCUACUCACUCACGGGAAUCAGUUUCCCCGGUGAAAGCAUGCACUGAUGCAGCGGUAGAGGCAGCAGGAGUCGCCUUGCCUGUUGAGACAGAGGAGGAGAUCACAUGUGAAGCUACUGCACCUCAAACCUCAACAGAAGAGCCGCCACAGAGUCCUGUUCGGGAUGCAGUCCAAGAACCGAUAUCGCCGCCUCCAUUCCCGCUAUCCGAGACGCCUCCUGCAUCUGACUCGUCGAGCAGUGUGACAAGUCCUGUGGGUAGCCCCAUAGAGCUAAGUGAUGACGAAGAGGAGGACGAGCAGGAGCCUCUUGACCAGACACGAAUGGAACGGCGGAAGAGUGCCGAUCCGGAUCGUCGACUUACAUCGGUUCUAUUGGAAGAUGGUGACUCUGACGUGGAGAAGAUGGUCAGCCCUGUGGUUGAUGAUGAUGUUGUUGCAGACCUCGCUAAUGGAGCAGCCAAUGAGAAUACUCCUGGCCCAGCGAAUAAAGAGAGGGAAUUGCCACCAUACAUGACUUUGACGCCAGCGGACUAUCGACAUGGCAAUAAUAAAAAGGAUGAUGACAGUGAAGAUGAUGCAUUGUUGACACCGAUAUGUACGCGGCGACGCCCUCGAUCACGGAAGAGAACACCGCAGUCCACGAGAACUCCUGCAGGAGAAGACGACGGUGCCUCAUUGCCAGACGGGGACUUUAGUCGCAUUCGAAUCGCGUUGGUGGAGGAGUGGUACCCCCGCAUCAACGAGCAAGUCUUCGACAAUCGGUUGCCCAAGGACAUGGAUAUCACGUGGAACAAUAGGAUGCUCACCACUGCUGGUGUCACUGUUUUCAAGAAUGGAGCCUGUCGAAUAGAACUUUCUACCAAGGUUCUCGAUCGGCCAGUACGUGUCUGCACAACACUGCUUCACGAGAUGUGCCAUGUAGCACAGUUCAUUCUGAGCGGUGAGCUCCGGCCUCCUCAUGGAUCAGCAUUCAAGAAAUGGGCUCGGAUUGCGUCAGCUGUGUUCCCGCAGUAUACGGUGACUACUAGCCACUCCUACGAGAUUCGGGCCAAGUACUCAUUCAUAUGUACAGAUUGCGAACACAAAAUAUCACGGCACACGAAAUCGGUGAAUGUAUACACCCAAAGAUGCAAACGGUGCGGUGGAAAGUUUGUGCAAGUAUGAUUACGCUGUUGGCAGCGUACAUGUCUGCAAAUACGAUAGUUUCCUCU